AUGAAAGCUGAUCCCCGAGAGGGCGUGGCUCCGGAAAGCUGGCAAAUAAAAAUCCGGAGAGCCAGCACCGUCUGGAGACCCACAGAGGACCUGAGGAACCCGCUCGGCCAGCCACUCAGUUCCUGGGCCUUGGAAGUGAUACCCAUGGCAUCCCCCCACAUGCUGCUCCUCUGCCUGCUGGUCCUGGCAGUCCCCGAAGGCUGGGGUCGGCAGGUGGCCGUCCCAGGCUGCCACUUGCACCCCUUCAACGUGACCGUGCGAAGUGACCGCCAAGGCACCUGCCAGGGCUCCCAUGUGGCACAGGCUUGUGUGGGACACUGUGAGUCUAGCGCCUUCCCUUCCCGGUACUCUGUGCUGGCGGCCAGUGGCUAUCGACAUAACGUCACCUCUGUCUCUCAGUGCUGUACCAUCAGUGGCCUGAAGAAGGUAAAGGUGCAGCUGCAGUGUGGGGGGGACCGGAGGGAGGAGCUGGAGAUCUUCACGGCCAGGGCCUGCCAGUGUGACAUGUGUCGCCUCUCGCGCUACUAG